CCACUUCUGGCCGUCGGGCCAACGUCCUUCUCCAGACUCGGGCCAGAGUCAUGCUGAGACUGCGGAGUCUGGGGCCCCGUUCACACAUUCAGCCCGAUGCCGUGUGGUUGAGUGGCGUGCAGAGCCUGAUUCCGGCCGGUGGUGGUCGUCGGGGUGCCGGAUCUGGCGAGCAUCAGGCUGGUGGGAGGCCAUCCCCGCCUUCCGCUCAAGGACUACAAAAGCCCUCGAUUGCCCCGGUCUGGGGUCAGGAUAGAUCUCUCAUCAUCUUGCCUUCUCCGGUUGACUUCCUUCUAUCGAUCUUACUGAAUCUGUUGACUCCACACCACUCUCAUCCUACUCAAUUGCUGUGACACUUAUCCAUACCAUGGGUUUCUUGUUGAAGAAGCCGGAUGAUGCGGCGGGCUCAGCGGCCCCCGCCAUCAUCAUUGGCUUGUUUGUUGCCUUUGGCGGUCUUCUCUUUGGAUACGACACUGGAACCAUCAGUGGCAUUCUCGCCAUGAAAUACUGGCGCGAAACGUUCUCCACUGGAUACAUCAACCCUACAGAUGACUUCCCUGAUGUGACCUCGACGCAAUCUUCCAUGAUCGUGUCGUUGCUGUCUGCCGGUACUUUCUUUGGUGCUCUGGCUUCUGCACCCGUGGCGGAUUACUUUGGCCGUCGCAUCGCUAUGAUUAUCGAGUCGUUUGUCUUCUGCUUCGGUGUCAUUCUCCAAACCGCAGCAACCUCGAUCCCGCUGUUCGUUGCUGGCAGAUUCUUUGCCGGGUUUGGUGUUGGUCUCCUGUCUGCCACAAUCCCUCUCUACCAGUCCGAGACCGCGCCCAAGUGGAUUCGUGGUACCAUUGUUGGCGCCUAUCAGCUGGCCAUCACCAUUGGGCUGCUGCUCGCUUCGAUCGUCAACAAUGCCACGAAGGACCGCAUGGACACGGGCUGCUAUCGGAUCCCUGUUGCCCUUCAGUUCGCAUGGGCCAUCAUCCUCGUGGUCGGGAUGAGCGUGCUCCCUGAAACGCCACGCUUCUUGAUCAAGAAGGAUCGCCACGAGGCUGCUGCCAAGGCGCUCGCUCGGCUCCGUCGCAUGGAUGUGGAUGACCCGGCCCUCGUCAAUGAGUUGGCGGAUAUUCGGGCUUCCCACGAGUACGAAAUGAGCCUCGGAAAGGCCAGCUUCCGAGACAUCCUGCGCGGCUCCCUGGGCAAGCGUCUCGCUACUGGGUGCGCCGUCCAGGGGCUCCAACAAUUGGCUGGUGUCAAUUUCAUCUUCUACUACGGUACGACCUUUUUCGAGCGCUCCGGUAUCUCGAACGGCUUUGUCAUCACCCUCAUCACCAACAUUGUCAACGUGGUGUCCACGUUCCCGGGUCUCUACAUGGUUGAGAAAUGGGGUCGUCGGCCUCUUCUGCUGUUCGGCGCGGUCGGCAUGUGCGUGUGCCAGCUGAUCGUGGCUAUUGUGGGCAUGGUGGCCACCUCCGAUGUGGCCAACAAGGUGCUCAUUGCCUUUGUCUGCAUCUACAUCUUCUUCUUUGCCAGUUCCUGGGGCCCGGUCGCAUGGGUGGUGACGGGUGAACUGUACCCCCUGAAGGCUCGCGCCAAGUGCCUCUCCAUCACGACCGCCACGAACUGGCUGCUGAACUGGGCGAUCGCAUACGCCACGCCUUACAUGGUGGACUCUGGUCCGGGCAACGCCAACCUCCAGUCCAAGGUUUUCUUCAUCUGGGGUGGAUUCUGCUUCGUUGCGGGUGUGUUUGUAUACACGUGCAUCUACGAGACCAAGGGACUCAGCCUGGAGCAGGUGGACGAGCUGUACUCGUCGGUGUCGGCGGCCUGGCGGUCCCCUGGGUGGGUUCCCUCGGCGCAGUUCGAUGGGGAUGCCGGAAAGGCCGGGGUCAGCGUCAGCGAAGUGGAGGGUGAACUUCCGGUGAAGCGCGAAGCGCAUCACAUUGAGGAGGCCUAAUGGUUUUGAAGAUUGUUGGAUUGUGCUUCUCUUCCUGUUGAUAUAAUUGGCGUGAUAUGAUGUAUUUAGCGUAUGACAUGAUGGAUAUGAAUCUGAUGGAUUAAUAUGGAUCUCUGCUUGCGUG